UGUGGCUUCAUCUGCUUCGUCUGCCUGCGUUUCUGCCAUUCCCACCGGCACUGGGAGAGCAAGUCGUGGCGACCGUUCUGCUGACCCGGUGUCGUCUGAGGCAGAGUCUUCUUCUGCUGGCAGAUCAGCUGCGGGAUUUCUGGCUGUUGCCAGAUCUCUCCACCCGGGGACUUCAAUGCGCAUUCGCAGUUGCAACAGGGAGGGGAAAGCGAAGGCUUGUCCCAAAGACGGGUCAAGGGCUCCACUAGAGGGAGUUUGAAGCUGCGAUCGAUGAGUGCUCCAAGCGCAUCACGAGCUUGCAGCGCCGAGCUGGCAUGCCCGAACAGGUCCAGUGGUUCCGUCCGCCUCAUGGGAAACUGAGUCCGGUGAUGUCAGAGAUCCUCGAGCGCAAAGGAUUGACCAGUGUGAUGUGUGACACCUAUGCAUGUUGUCCCGUCAUACAGGACGGCGACUUCAUUGGCAAGUUUCUGGGUGAGCAUGCUCAGGAUGGAUCUAUCAUCAUACUCCACAUGCCGGAGCAUGGCUUCCGUGAGUGGUGCUUGCUUGGCUUGGAAACGCUCUUGAAGCGAUUGAAGGAGCGUGGGAUGAAGGCAGUUAGUCUUGGGCACCUUGCAGAGCUGGCCCAACAGAGCAAGCCGAUGAGCUCGUUUAAAACAUCCCUGUAAUCUUAAAUGUGCCAUAAGUUUUCUCCAAACACUAUGGGACCCACAACCCCGAGUUUGUU